UCUCACCACCCCCCUGGGAUCAGAGUUCCUCAAGACAACCUGAUCCCACCGAGACAAUGCUGGCCAGUCAAUCUCAGGGAAUCCAGCAACUCUUGCAGGCAGAAAAACGAGCCAAAGAUAAACUCGAUGAAGCCAAGAAAAGAAAAGGCAAAAGGCUAAAACAAGCAAAAGAAGAAGCAAUGGCUGAAAUAGAGCAGUAUAGGAUGCAGAAAGAAAAGGAAUUUCGGGAAAAACAAUCUUUGAUAAUGGGUUCCCAAAGCAACCUCUCAGUUGAGAUAGAUGAACAGACAGCAGGAAAGAUUCGGAACCUCACUGGUAACUACAAGGAGAGCUUGGAAAAUGUGAUGAAGCAACUUCUGGGCAUGGUUUGUGACUUGAAACCUGAAAUCCAUAGGAACUACAGAGUCACAGAUUGAACACUGUUCAGAUUAAUCAAUAAAUAGCAUACACAAAUUA